AUGAAGUCCUUAAUGCUGAUCUUUUUGGUUUUCCUUGUCUUUGCCUCGGCUAAAGUAAUGCCCAUGUCUGGUGGUAAUACUCUAAGCAUUGACCAGCAUGGCAAAAGGGUUUAUUCCGUUGAAGUUGAGGACAAAUGCGGCUUUUAUUGUACCGAAAGACCUUCUGUAUGUGCCACCAAUGGACAGUGCCUGCUAAAAUUCAACAGUCGCUGUGCCAUGGCAGCCUACAAUUGCCGCAAUCCUCAGAAAAUGUUUGACAUUGUCGAGGAUCAUCGGUGCAUGCAGGAAUGGCAGCCACUGUGCCUUGAAGCGGAUCUCAAAGAGUUUGGUUUAUAA